AUGGAAGAGGAUGGCGCGGAGGAGGGGGUGACGAGGGGUUCUGUCCUCGGGCGGCGGCCGCCGGAGAUUCCAGGGCUGAUAUCGCUGAUCGGCCUCUCCAGUAGCGGCGAGAGCGACGAUAGCGAUGAUAGCGUUGAUAGCGACGACAGCGACGACAGCGACGACAGCGACGAGGAGGAAGGUAUACGGAAGUCGAGCCGCAGCGAGGAUAAGCGGAGGAGAGUCGAAGAGUCUGCGGACCCGGAGAUGCCCUUGAAGAAGAGGAAGUCCGCUUCUGGCGCCGUCGUUGCUCUGCCUGCCGGGUUCCUGGACCCGCUUCCACUGGAGGAGAAGCCGCUGCGGGCUCUGCCUCUUCCCCCUGCGAAGUCGGCGGCGGCUGGGCCUCUCAUCCCGGCGAUGAGGAUUUGUAAGCAGUUCUGGAAGGCAGGGGAUUAUGAAGGCCACGCCGUGGGGGAGUCAUCGUCUCGUUCUGGUAUUAUAUUGCUCUGCAUGUCACCGAUUAGGCCUCUUUUUCCUUUUUCCCCUUCGUCAAUCCAUGGCAACGUCUAUUUGGUGGAACUUUCAGUUGCAAUGUCGCUUCCUUCAUUUGAAAUCCUCUUUUUUUAUUGUUGUGGUUACGAUCAUCAUUAGUUUUAUUAACUUAUUGCGUUAUUUUCCAGAGCAAAUAGUUCAUCCUCAUGAUAUAAAGGGGCAAGAUCAGAAUUAAAAUCUUAAUAAAGGAGGCAUCAGAUGUUGAGUAGUGGAUCUAUAUCACCUUCCUCUUUUAGUCUUUUUCCUGACAUUGGGGGCAAUAAAUUUACUGUAAAGUUUCCAAUUUUUUCUUUUAUUGAAGGGCGGCUGCAGGCUGCGUGAGAAGAUUAAAUAAAAGUUCCAUGUGUUUUCAGACUAUUUCGGUCUGUGAUUCGUGAGACCAGUUGUCUGCUAUAAUGGUGUUCGUUAGUUGGAGUAACUUGUGUUGGUACCUUGAGUCCUGGAAGGGGAUUUGUCAACAAUAGAAUAGUAUGCAAGUGGAGGAGGUAUACGUGGGAGGUAAUGAAUAGAGUCUCCCGGGGAAAUAGUAGAGAGCCUCCUUGGAAGCUUGCAGAAUAUCUUCAGCGUGACAUAAUGAACUGAGAAACUCUGGUGGGGCUCAUGAGAUAGGAAAAUCGGUGAAAUGUGUUCUAAUCUUAAUUCACUUGACAUAAUAAGGAAUCACCAUCUGAUCUUUGUAUCUUGUGUGCUCUCAGAUGGAUGUUCAGUUUUUUCCGCAGUGUGGAUUCUCCAUGUGACUUAUUGGAGAAGUCUAGUUAAUCUCUGACGUCAUGAAUAUCUUUCAAAAUUGUUCAUUCCUUGGAACUCCAAAGUAAAAAAUGCCGGAUAAAUCUCACAAGUACAUUUGCUCUAAGGUUUGGCCUUUUGUGGAUAUUCUUCCAACGAAUGCCCUCAAUUCCAAAAUUUUAUUUAUUUUACAAAUUAAAUAUUAUUUUGAAGCUCUUUAAUGAAGUGCAUUCCACUCAAGAACAUGUAUUUACACUUUUAAGACUUUCUAAGAUCGGAAUUUCGGUCCUAGAUGUACUUUCUCAGUUUUUGUAUGUGAUAAUUAGCCCAUCUCGCAGUUUUAAAGGUUCAAGAAUUUUCAUGAGAUCAUUUCAAUGUAGACUGUUAAAGGGUAAGUUGCUAGUACUACAUGCUCUGAGCUUUGCUGACAUAUUUACCCAUAUGUGCAGUUGGCAUGGAUCACGUGAGGGUUCACCCAAAGUUUUUGCAUUCUAAUGCUACCAGCCAUAAGUGGGCUCUUGGAGGUAAUCUAUCGUUAUGUAUUGAUAAAUUGGGUCUCUCAUUCUGAUUUUACCUUUUAUAGCUUUUACUCUCUUUUAUUUUGGUUGGUGACCACACUCGAAAGGAGAAAAGGAACACAAUGAAACCUUCACUACAUGUCACUAACUGCUUGUCCUUUUUGUCCAUUUCUGUUGCAGCUAUUGCGGAGCUUUUAGACAAUUCUCUUGAUGAGGUUUCCUUCUCUCUAAUUUCUUUUCAUUUGUUCUUUCUAACGUGAAUCUGUUGUUAUAUUUUUUUGUGUGCUCAUAAUAUUAUUACAUUUUCCCACCAGAUUUGCAAUGGUGCUACAUUCGUUAACAUAGAUGUGUUGGAUAAUAAAAAAGACAAGACCAAGAUGUUGCUGGUUGAAGGUAAGAUUUUUGGUUCGUGGGUAAUGUAUUCAAUAAAUAUGUUUGAAAAUGUUGUUUUGAGUUCGUUGUGUCACUUUCUUUUAGGUUUGCAGCUAUCAGAUUUUUAUGGAAACCAUUCAAGCAGUAUUAUUAUUAUGUGUUUAAAUUUUUCCCUCACACACCUCCAAAUCUUUCUAGUACUAACUUUUUCAUGCCAAUGACGAAAGUUGCAUAAUCAAGAGAGAAGCCUGAGGCCUUGAUGGGCCUAGGGAAAUGUAUCUGUAACGUAAAAACCAGUUUGACAUUUUAGCUGCGCAUUUAGAUUCAUAACACAUAUGAACCAUGUGCUUGUAUAAUUUUGCUUUGAUUUUCUAGACAAUGGUGGCGGGAUGGAUCUGGAUAAAAUGCGACAAUGCAUGUCUUUGGGUUACUCAGUGAAGAGCAAAUCAGCAAAUACAAUAGGACAAUGUAAGCCAACACCUUGCUCAUAAUUUUUGAAGGUCCGAUGUAAAUGAUAAUGGAUUCUAGGUUUUUAUCUUAAUCAGAGUUUUCAUCAUUCGAAGUUACAAUGCUUUUUAUGUUGUCAGAUGGAAAUGGAUUCAAAACAAGCACCAUGAGGCUUGGAGCAGAUGUUAUUGUGUUUUCACGUUGCCGUGGAGAAGGAAAAAGGUUUCAUUCUCUUCUCCACAUACUUUUUACGAAUUUUCUUACGUUGAAUAUCAGGUUGCUGUGAUUUAGGUUAGAUUUUUGUUCCCUUGCAGAUUUUCUAGGUAUUCCUUCUUGUCAUGAAAUAUUAGUGCACGAGUAUGAGACGAAACUGUGAUCAUUGUCAAAAGCCAGUGCCUAAUAACAUUUCGUGUGACUAUCACUGGUCUAAAUUACACUUUUAUUCUCCAGAUUCUAAAAAUCACUGCAAGACAAUGGCCUGGUUAUAUUAGACGUUAGUUAGCAUACCUUCCUGGCCUCAAUUGAUCUAAAGUUCUCAUCUAGAUUAUUUUCAUGCUAUCUGAUUUCAUGAUGAAUCUAGCAUAUCUUCUUGGCCUCAAUUGAUCUAAAGUUCUCAUCUAGAUUAUUUUCAUGCUAUCUGAUUUCAUGAUGAAUCCAGUAUUGUGUUUCCUAAUCACGAGUAGGAUUUCUUUUCUGUCUGUCUUUUUUUUUUAUGGCACCAUUUUUUUGUUAAAAAAAUAGAUUUAAUUUUCGAAGUUUGAAAUUUCAGAUUCAUGAAUCUUUACAUAUGGCAUCUUGAAAGGUUUUAGUGACUCAUCAGAAAGGGUGCAGAGGUCUCUAGCUUCUAGUCUACCCCACAAAGGAGCCAGCCAGGUUUUAGACUGAUUCUUUAUGGAGACUGCUCUAAUUUUCAUCCUUUUCUAGUUUUAUCGCUUACAUCUCAUCAAGGCAGUAUCUUCUUUUCUGCGGUCGGUGUUACCUAUUUUUGGUAGGGAAAAGUCGUCUCUCAGGGCCUGUUUAUGUCAAUUUUACGGUUAUCUCAAACGACUGAGAAUGAGCUAUUCAUUUAUUGAAAAAUAUUUUCUUUGUCGCACUGGGCUUAAAAAAGACAGUUUCUUUGAAAAGCUGUAUACUAGUGACACUCACUAGAGCAGAAAGGGUACCAGGUUUCUCAAUAGAUUGGGCUUUGACUAAUUUGCGUUGACUACUGAACCAUGCUCAGAAGCCGAGCGGAUCUGGUUCUAUCAGAAGUUGACUAAGCCUGAUCCCUUUGAUGCGAAUAUCCAUUGAUUCUGUCUUAUGUUGCAUGCUUUUAUGUAAAACAGAACUACUCAUUUUCUGCUUAAUUUUUAAAUUCACUUCAGCUUUUUAUUUUAAAUAUCUUUUUUCUGCUACAUAAUCUUUGGGAAAUGGUUUGCAGCUCCACCCAGAGCAUCGGAAUGUUGUCGUACACAUUUCUAAGGACCACCGGACAAGAAGAUAUUGUUGUUCCCAUGGUAAAUCCUGAAAGCAUCUUGAUAAAUUGUGCUUACCAUUGGGCUAGAGUGCCGUGGUUGACAUGAACUCGUGUGCUCGACUCGUACAAUCAUUUUUUCGUAUACUCCUAGCAAACAUAGAUGGUAGAUCAAAUAUUAUCCAAGAGCUGAUUUAGCCCAUCUGGCUGAUCUGUGGUCUAGACAAAGUCAGUCAAUCAAGCACAUCUUCUUCUCAGUCCAACAGUUCUUUCUUUCUUUCUUUCUUUUUUCUCAGUGCAUUAAUCUAGUGGGGUUAUAUUUUACGUUGACUAUCCAGCAUCUAAUAUAUAUGAUGUAUCGUUGACAUUCACUUGAAAGCUCGACUACGUGGGAGGAGGAAUGAAAUGGAAGAAGGCGGCGAGAUCAUCGGAGGCUGAUUGGAAUAGGAACCUAGAAACCAUCCUACAGUGGUCUCCUUAUUCGAGUGAAGAUGAUCUUCUUUACCAGGUGACUGACUCUCAAUGGCUUGUCCGCUCAAUGUGUCACUUGCCCCUUUUGAUGCUACUUCUUUUAUUGAUCCAGUUCAAUCUUUUCCGUCAACUAUAAAUAUAUUACAUACACAACAUGCAUGAAAAGGUGCAUAGGAACUCUCGGAUUGAUCAAGAUCAAUAAUGUGCUAGCCUGGCAGUCUAGAGCAAGUCAACGAUCUAUAUAUCUCUAUGCCGCCAAAUCACCACCCUAUUAAUUAAGCAAGUUGCAUCAAGGUUGGGAGGUCGCAUCCAAGUAUAUCAUUGCUUUGAAAGGAUGAUAUGAUCUGGUAUUAUAUUGAAAUAAUGUGGAGUAAACUUUGGAGCAUGCUUCAGAUAUUGAAAGGGUCAUUCAUCUAAUGAGUCCAAGUUUUGUGGUCACAUUUUUCAUGGCCCUUGGGGUGAGGCGUUGACUUUUACUAUAUCCUUUUUUGGUCAUUUGUAGUUUGAUUCAAUGGCCGAUCAUGGUACUCGCGUGGUCAUAUUCAAUCUUUGGGAAGACGAUCAAGGACAGCUGGAACUUGACUUCGGUGCUGAAAAGGAUGUGAGUCCUCUUGGUCUCGAGCAGCAUCAUUACUUUGAGUGCACAUGAUCGGCUAGAAUCUCAUGAUAUUUUCCCAUAAAUAAUAAAUCAACAGGAUAUACAAAUAAGAGGAGUCAACCGGGACGAGAAGAAGAUCGAAAUGGCGAAGAAAUUCCCAAAUUCCUGGCAUUUCCUCACAUAUCGGCACUCACUAAGGGUAUGUUUCAUGUAACUUCAUAAGAACAUUUCUUCCAUCCACCUCACUUCUAGUUCAUUCUCCAUCUUUUACUCUAUCUUAUUUCUCUUAAUGUAUAUUAGGAUCUACCAGUGGGAUCUUGAUUUGCAAAAAUCAUCAAUUACUAUAAUUGUGGCUAACUAUUCCUAUGAUAAAUCCAGAUGGGCAACCUGGUUUAUUCAUGCUUUUUGUAUAUAUAUAUAUAUAUAAAAACAGAACAAACCUGCCCAACUCAUCUACUUUUAUCCCAUACAUUCUGUCUCAUUAAUUUCCAUCAAAAGACGCAAAUCUAAUGCGAUGUCAGACCACAUGAUCAUUGAAAAUGGUGUAAUCUCCGAUUCAAAUAUUGCAAAAUCUCCGAUUCAGAUUAUCUUUACCCAUUAAAUUACUACAUUCUGAGCUAUUCGACCUGCCCUCUGGCUGUGCAGAGCUACGCUUCAAUCCUUUACCUCAGGCUUCCAGAGGGCUUCAGAAUGAUUCUUCGUGGGAAAGAAAUCAUCCACCACAGCAUAAUAGAUGAUAUGAUGUUCAAGCAGGAGGUCACCUACAAGCCCCAUAACACCAGCGACGGCGUCCCCAGGGAUCCGAAUGUAAAAUCAUCCCUCCUUCCUCUCAUGUUCGAUUCUGCUCCUCAACUGUGAUGACCUAUGAUUCUGUUACCUUCCGUCCCCCUCCAGAUGGUCGCCGAGGUGACCGUCGGCUUCGUGAAAGACGCAAAAGACCAUGUUGAUGUCCAGGGCUUCAAUGUCUACCACAAGAACCGGCUCAUAAAGGUUUGACACCCUUCUUUGGGCCCACUAAGCUCACUCUCCCAAUGAGAUCUCUCACCUCACUGUAGUCAUGGCUUGUGUUCUCCUCUCUCAGCCUUUCUGGAGGGUCUGGAAUGCCUCCGGCAGCGGCGGGCGAGGAGUCAUUGGUAUUCUACCUCUACCUCUACCUCUACCUCUACCCUAUAUAUAUAUAUAUAUAUAUAUAUAUUGAUUUGAUUGGUUCUCAUUCUUGGGGGUGGGUUUUCCGCGUGGUAGGGGUGCUGGAGGCGAACUUUGUUGAGCCGGCGCAUGAUAAGCAGGAUUUUGAGAGAACCAUAGUGCUGGCUAGACUUGAGGCCCGGCUGGUUCAGAUGCAAAAGGCCUACUGGUUAGUCACUUCUCCUCCCGUCGACCAUCUCAUGUGAUAUAAUGCCAUCUAAUCCGUUCUCGUGACCCAUCAGGGGGAAGAGCAGCCAUUUGGUCGGUUAUGAUCCGAACAAGAAGAGCCGCCCCAGGGGUCGGCCAAUCAAAGGCAUAGUCUCUCCAUUUCGUCAUGUUCUUGGAUUUUUUUUAUUUUUUGCUGUGUAAGAUUGAUGAGAUCUUCCCACAGGGCCAGUAGCAGAAGAACUCCCAAGCCCGCCAUCUGGGCAUUCUAAGAAGGAGAGGAGCUCCCUGUCCCUGAUGGAAUCGAGCAGAGAGGAGGACGGGAGAUGCUUCAACGGGGAUUCUACUCCUAGAAGGGAAAACCAGAGCAACCAAGGACUGUGCAUGGUGGGCAAUCAGAGGCAUGACGAAUCCGAAAACGCCGCCAGUUCCAGCCCCUCUACGGCUUCUCGUCCAAGAGGGCAGCCCAGCCAAAUCGCCAUCAAGUCAGAACCAGAGGUCCUCAAAGAAGUUCCUUCCUUAUCAGUGUGAUUUCAAGGCAACAAAAUCUUGGCCUGCUCCUUCAUCAAACUCUGCCUUUUGAUGCAGGAAGCGGGGGGUAGCAACUAUAAACAAGGCCGCCAUAUCUCCCGUUGUUCUAACCAAGAACAGCUGAGGAGUGAAAUCCUCCGGCUGCAAGACAGGUACUAGUCUGCUCAUUUACACUGUUUGCUAUAUCAUCAGAGGAAUGGAAGGCUAACCAUGACCUUGGCUCUCUAGUCUAAGGAAAUCGGAGGACCGUGGGAAAGCAUUAGCCGCCAGGGUAAGAGCUCCUGUCCUGAUCUCCGUUGUGGAAAUCCUAUCGGUCUAUCUAGUUGUCAGGCUUGGUCAUGCACACUGGGUUGACAUGAACUUGCAGCUAGGAGAAGUGGAGAGAAAGCUGGAGCAGGCAACUGAAGAGCAGGAGGCCCUCAUCGAUUUGUUCUCCGAGGAGCGGAUUCGGAGGGAGAGAGAGGAGGAGAAGCUGAGAAAGAUGCUCAAGGAUGCUUCUACCACCAUUAAUGAGCUGCUAGAGAAGCUGUCCAAGGACAGGAGAUGA